GCAAACGACGUCGCCGGGCCACUGCAAACAUGACAAGCUUGCAAGCUAUUGCACAAAGCAUUGGCAACGCCAAGAACACCGAGAUCGAUGAGAUCGAAGAUGAGACACAUGCCGAUGUUGGGCCUAAACAAGUCACGUUGAAACAAGUUGCCCACGACAUAGACGCAGAUGGUGGCGUCGUUGGAGAGGACAUCAAAUCACCACCAGACUCUGAUAGCCAGCCCCCAACGUCACUCAAAAGUGUUGCCAGUGCCCAACGGAUGAGUUUGGCAGACUUUGCAAAACAACAACAGCAGAACGUGUCCACUCCGAAUGCUGGGAAACCCUCGAAUGAGGCUGCAUUGGACCGACCACCCAGUCUUGUCGACGUGGCUAAGUCCACCGUCAAUGAACAGUCGUCGAGUCGCGUAAGUUUAAUGGACGUGGCCAACUCCAAAAGUUCUAGCCUCCUGGAGGUGGCCACUUCCAGACCUCGAACGAGUUUGCUGGAAUCUGUGCAGAAACAACAAGUGGCAGACGGGGCCUCUCUCGUAGAAAUUGCGAAGGCUAACAAGGCCAAACAAACGUCGACCGUGGCCAAAGUUCUGGGGUCCAUUGCCCGAGAAGAAAGCCAGGUCAUAGGCAACCACAUCGAGGCCACGAUGAAGCAAGUGCGGGACGAAGUACGGCGCGAGCAAAACCAGGACGCCCACGACGCACUGCAAAGUGCCGUUCGAGACGUGCAGUAUGAAGACGAGUUUGACUACGAGUCGUCUGCGGACAAAAUCAACCGGGCCGUCGACAUCCUCGUGCAAAAGGCGCAGCAGCCAGCCGACUUGCCGCUGCGUCCAACCAUGUCGGUAGACCGAGAUGUCCUGCGUAGCCGACAAGGGCGAGGCCUGCAACACACCGGCCCAACCGUGAAGUCUCGACAGAACAAGCUGUCGUCGCAUCAGCUCAACCAGUUGACGGAAACGCAAAAGCGACUGCUGUAUGCGACACUGGUCGAGCACAAGUCACCGAAUAAUCGGCAACGAGACAACCAGGCGCACAUGGAGUACAUCAACCGCAUCGCAAAGCCAGUCAAGCCAAAAAACCGAAGGGGCAAGGAACAAUACGCGCGAGAAUCGGACCGACGCCAUUGCAAAUUCAAACCCCGCGUGGGCCGCGGGUCGGCCGAGUCUGGACGGCGGAGCGACGGUGACGACGACGAUGACAAUGCCAAAGACAACCAAGAUUUCAUUCGGCGCAUGGAAGCUGCCGAGAAGGCUAAGCUCGACGGCAUCCAACGCCAACGUGCAGAGCGAGUGUACCUUGCUAAGCUGGACAAAAAGGAAUGCCCCAAGUGCGGCAACCCCCAAUCGUACUCGGAAGUCCAGCAGAAGCGCAAGCAGUGUCCGAACUGCGGCGUCACGUAUCGAUCUCGCCUCGCCUGGGGGGACAUUUCAAGCGAGUUCUUUGAGCGGGUGGACUUGAGCGAAGAGCAACGCGUGCGCCAUCUGGAGCAACUGAGCGCCGAUCGAACGCCUUGUUUUCGCGUUUCGGACAAACGAGUGUUUGACAAGCGACACAACCGCAUGGUCAGGGCCAAGCCAUUGACAUGGGAAGAGGUAGAGCUUGACUUUUUGACGCGAGUGCAGUUGGAUGCGACGAACCGCAUCACGAAUCGACAAGAGCUGGAGCAAAAGUUCUACGGGUCGUUCACGUAUCACCCACACAUCACGGCCCUCGCCAAACGAAUGGACUAUAUUCGAUUUGAAGAUCGUAUGCAGCAGGACAUUGACCAGCGCGUCGUGCGCAAAGAGCAGAAUCAAAUCACGGCCGAGUCCCGAGCCUUGUAUCGGUCCACAACAACGAUGUAAACAACACUACGUUGCGUUGUACAUACAUUCUGCAUAGUGGUUAAAAGAAGGAAAAGGGCAAAGACGAUAUUAUUGUGCUUUCGAG